GUGAGCAGAUUAGCACACUAAUGACUUUUGUUUUUUUUGUCAUUUUCUCAAGUCGGUCAAAUCAAAUAUCAGUUGGUAUCUAAAAUUCAAAAUAGUUGCAGGCUAAAAAAAUUUUGCUUGUGGGCCAAAUUUGGUCCCAAUUUUACUGUACGCGAAUACCCUUUAGUCUCGUGGCCUUGGUUACGAAAAUCUGUUCUCAUCUCAGCCACCGAUCAGUGCUCCAAGCCCGCUCACGAAAACAGCAGCAACAGAUGUCCAGAAACUGUUCUACAGCAAUAAUCGGCAGCCAAUAAUGAAUGUUGACUUUGUUUAAUUGCCUAGAAGAAAAAAAAUUGCUGACUAACACUGAGUGCUUUGAAAGAACCUAUCUAAUAGAUCGGUGACCCUUGCCCGUAUGUAGCUGCGCUUCUAUUGAUGAGCAAAUUUGAAAAGAUCACGAAAGGAUCAGCGGGUAUAAAAGGGCAAGGGUGAAAGGUGAAACUAUCAUUUUCCAAUGAGAGUGCAUAGGACAGCGGACAAAGAACACAGUUUGGAGCACAUAGGACAUGGCUGUGGCUAAGUUUGUGAAAUACACGCUCUAUGCUGUGUUUUUAGCAGUGUUUUUUCUUGUUGUCAGGCUUUUGUAUUUCAUUCCAUUUUUUAAAAUAAAAAUAAUAAAAUGGUUUGUGAAUCUCACUUAUCUGAAAGGAGAUCAAAUAGAUGGCUGCAUUCUAAACUGGGCAAUGUUCAAAGAAGUUCUGUAUGCCACGAAGCAGCAAAUUUUCAAAAUAGCUUCAUUACAGCUACCAGCACCCGAUGCAGAGCUAUUCAAAAUCGACCAAAACAGCAAUUAUGAAGAAGGUAUUCCAGAGAUAGAAACCGAAUUGAAAGCAGAAAGAAACAGUCAAACUUUUGUGCCUACGAAGUCAACUGUUUCACUAAGCAGCCUGAUGCGCCCUGGCGUUCCACUUGUGCUGAAUUUUGGCAGUUGUUCCUGACCUCCGUUCAUGGCAAAACUGCAUAUAUUCCGUCGCAUGGUCAGAGACUUUGGUGGAAUUGCAGAUUUUGCUGUCAUAUACAUAGAGGAAGCACACCCAGCGGAUGGCUGGUUCUUUAAGGAUGUGCCUUUAUCCAUACCACAACAUAAGACCAUGAAAGAUAGGAUUGACGUGGCAAAUAUUUUGCAGAGCAACAUCCCAGAGGCUCAAGUUUAUGCUGAUUUGUUUACGAAUACAGCAGGCCUAGCUUACGGUGCGCUGCCUGAAAGGUUAUACGUGCUUCUGGAUGGGGUUGUUGCGUACGAAGGCGGCGAAGGCCCGUACAACUAUGAUCUUGAUGAGCUCCGUGAGUUGCUGGCACGUUUUGCGGAACAAAGGAACGCAAGCAGAAAUGACAAUAACAAUAACAGCAAUGGGGAUACUGACAUGAAAGUUUUUUAAAUUUACAAUUUAUGAACAUUUAAUUGGGGUUUCACACAAGGAGGUACUGAAUCGCAUUUUGUAUUCAUGUCACUAUGCUCUCACUGAUUUGUAAAAAAAAUUUCAAUGCUCAUAAAACGAGGUGUGGACAGGGGCGCAAUAGGUGAGGGGAACACAGAAACUAUAGCCACCAGACUUGUUGGAAAAGUUUGAAAGUUUUGCUGCUUUGUCAGAAUACUUAGUAAAAAUCUGUCUUUAGCCCCCCUCCCAAGAAUUAAAUCCCACCUUGCCCCUUGGCAUGGUUUAUUGAUUAAAGAGAGAUGUAUUUGUUUUCUGUGUAAUAAACAAGCCGCUAUAUUUUUUAAAGUUUAAGUAAAAUGCAAGACAUUUAGAAAUUGUUUUCUCUAAAAUCAGAUGUGCAAUAUUGCCCAUUUUGACAGUAUUUUACAAUUAUUUAAGAUAUCAAACAUAGCCGAUUUGAUCCUCAGUUUUAGUGCAUGUUUUAGGGCAAGGAAUAAACAUUUUGACGUGUAAUAUCACGCAAUCAUGCAAAGUUUCUGCGUGAUUUCAAAACGUUGCCUGACUCUUUGACAGAUAUUCAAGUUCCCUUGACACAAUAGUGUCUUAAAAUGUGUGCACGGAAGCCGUUGCCUGGUGAACGCCAGUCUCAUUUUGAGAAUUUGUUGCGAGUGUGCGUUUUGUUCCCAAAUAGCUGCGCGCGAAAACAUCGAAUAGAAGCUGAGGUUUUUGGAUUGACAAUGAAUUACACAUUAUCAAACCUUAAAGAGAAAUUUCGCAUAAGUUACAGAAAAAGGAAACCGACUGUUUGUGGGAUAAGUUCCCUUGUUUGGUUUGCUAUCUGCGGUGGCAGAAAUUCAUUUUUCAAGUGGGGGCUCCCCCCAUACCCCCGCAAUUUCCGCAACUGGCUAUCUGCACUAUAUGCUUAAAGAUAUAACCUGACUAUAUUGGUGUUUUAUGUUUCUAAAAAACUAUUAAAACACCAGACAGAAAGCGUUUCUGCGUCCAGAAAUGAACUGUGUGAUAACAAAUGACAUCCCAAAAAAGACAUUCAUGCUAAUGUUUACCCUGAUGGAAUCGCUUUGAACAGAUCAUGGCAUCUCCUCAAGAACGAGCUCAAAAUAAAACAUUAGAAGCUCUUUCAAUGUCAACCCGAAGUAUUACAAAGGGGAAUCAAAAACAUCAAAUGCAACGAUGUGCGUGCAGGUAUUUGCUGCGUGGAGAAUGCAUCUUAGCGCCUUUAAUGCAAUAAAACAGCGGAUAGUAAAGGGCGCAGCUGGAAUGCAUCUAAAUUGUGCUUAGCACGUACAUUUAAUUGUCUUGAGUGCAUCAAGGAACAAAGAAGCUCGCAGCACCAACCUUGAAUUUUUAAGUGAAAUCGACUUGAUAUUGAACGCAAUUAAACCUUUCCCACGUAAGGCAUCGUCAACAGUGUUGCGAGAUUCAAGGAAACGUACUUUGCAAUUACAUUUUUGCAAUUACAUGCAAUCGAAGGAAUCAUUAGAUUGAUACCAUUCUAUUACCAUUCUUUGCAAACUUUUCAAAUUCUUCAUAAACACUUCGAGCUGGUGAAACAAACAUAACAGGAAAAGUUAAUUGUAGAAGAUUUUGUGUUAAGCCUGUCAUGAAAUUAUUCGUAGUAUAAAUUGCUGAUAAUUUGAGCUUGUAAAUCGUUUGUACUUCUAGUUUGGGGUCUGGAACUCAGGCUAGUAAAUCGUUGCUGGUAACCAGGAAAAGAUUUGUUUUGAUAAGCACAAGAUUUGCUACAUUUUCUGAAACUUAGGGAUAUCCAGUGGCGUCGCGUGACCAUUCUCGGUUGGAGGGUUAAAAGGGAUGCAAAAACAUAUUUUACCGACAGAAAUUCUUUUGUUACAUUAAUAUUUUGUGAAAAAUUUAAUUCUACCGACGAGUUCUCUGAAAGUUGGGGGUGAACACCCCCCAGCCCCCUCUCACCAACUCCCCUCCCCCAGCCCCCCUCCUCCUCUCGCACGCUACGCCCCUGGGGAUAUCCUAUGCAAUAUUCAGUUUCUGUACAUUAGUCUACAGUGCAAUUUUGCUAGGAUAAAUUCAAAAACGGAAUUCUUUUUGUUGACAGACAUAGCGAUAAAAUGGCCAGUAAUUAUUUAAAGUUGUAAUUAUUUCUUUUCGUAUUUCUCUUCUUGACGUGUUACCCUUCUCCAGUAUUUUCAUAUUCGUGUAAACUAGUUUAUAAUUUAUGCUUUUGUAAUUGUUUGAGCGCUGUGUUUUGCUCUUUAAAAUGUAUUUAUUUAUCGAUGAGUUAGAAGGGUUUUAUGACGUUAAUCAAGCCAAUGUAUUAGUACAGCUUAUUAACUGAGAUUAAUUGACCCAUCAGCCAAUAUAAUAUGCUCACGUGAUUC